AGCCCUGCAGCCUGCUACAUGCUUCCCAGGCUGGAGAACACAAACAAACCUUCAGUGUUGCUGUCAUUUGAAGAUGUGGCUGUGGACUUUACCCAGGAAGAAUGGCAGACAAUGGACAAUACUCAGAGGACCCUGUACAGGGAGGUGAUGCUUGAGACAUAUAACAAUCUGCUGUCCUUGGGGUACUGCAUGACAAAGCCUGAUGUGAUCUUCAAGCUGGAACAAGAAUCAGAACCAUGGACAGUGGAGAAAUCUGUCAUGCAGAGAUUUGCAGAAGCCUUCACAAAUUCUGACACCCACUUUUCACAACUGGUCAAAGGGGGCAUUCCUAAGGAUAGUUCUGCCAAUUGUUUCACCUUCAGGCAGGAUAUCAGCCGCCCUAAUACUGUGGUGAAGAAGUUCUCAAUACAUGGUACAUGUCAACCAGUAACACAUUCCUAUUACAAUCCUGAUUCUGCAACUUAA